GUGAUUAUUAAAAAUAAAUGGAAUGUCCAAUGUGUUAUGAAUUAUAUGCUUAAAAUAGAGUGGCAAGAAACCUUCUAUGUGGUCAUACAUAUUGUACUAUGUGUCUUGAAACAAUGUAUAAUGUAAAUAAGAGAAUCGAAUGUCCACUUUGUAGGACAAAACAUGAAGCUCACAUAAAACCUCAUAAUUUAAGCAAGAAUUUUGUAGCUAUGGAUUUAGCUUCUAAAUUUUAAGAAGAAUAGUAAGCAGGAGCAAUUAAUAAUUAGAAAAACAUUUGAACUCUGUUCAAUACAUUAGAAAUAUCCAUUGUAGUUUUAUUGCGAAGAUGAUUAAUCAAAUAUGUGUACAGAAUGCAUAACUGAACAUUAUGGUCAUAAAUUCUUUAAAUAUGAACAUUCAGGUAUUAUUUUAAAUGUUUAUAUUAGUUUCUUUAUAAAUGAAUAGAGUAAGUAGAAUCUAAUAAAAAUUGAAAAGUCAUUAUGAAUGUUUGGAAAAAUAAAUGAAGAAUUUUGAUGAUUGUAAAGAGUAAUUAGAAUUAGAUAAUAUAAAAUUGGUAUAUGAAAUGAAAUAGUAUAUAUAGAUUCAAUAAAUAGAUGAUUAAAUAGAUAAAUUAAUUGCGAAAUGUGAAAGAAGGAGAAAAGAAUUAAAGAAUAAAUUGUUAGAAAUAUUUGAUUAAGAAAGUGAAUAAAUAAAAUUAGGAUUAGCAUAUAAUUAAUCCUUAUUAUUAAAUAUGGAUUAAAUAUUAUAUAAAUUGGAAUAAAAACAUAAUGAAUUAAGUAUAAUAAAUGAAAUAAGUAGAGACUACAAAAGUAUAUAAGGGAAAUGAUUUAGUUAAAGAGAUAAAUAAUUUAGAUGAAGAAGCAGAGAGAGAUAUCAUUCAAUUAAAAUAAUUAAAAAAGAGUGAUUACAGGAUACUACCAAUAUUAAGUUUUGAAUAAAGAAUAUUAAAUGAUAUAGGAAAUUAUGGAUAAUUUAAGAAAAAUGUGAGUAAUCCAUAGAUUUGUUUUUUUGGUGAGAAGCAUAAAAUAUUAGUUUAUAAUAUUGAAGCAAAUGAUUGGUAAUACAGAUAAAUAACAAAUGUAUAAUAUAAUAAAUUAAUAGAUAAGAAUACAUUUGAUUAUAAUUAUUAUGCUGCGGCAGCAAGUCUACCAAAUGGUGAUAUAAUAAUAACAGGAGGAGGAGUUAGUAGAAAUGCAAUGUUAAUAUGUCCAUCUAAAGGAUUUUAAUAAUAAGCUUUAAAGAGUAUGUAUUAUCCAAGAAAAGAACAUGCUUGUGUAUAUUUAGAUGAAUGUAUAUAUGCAAUAGGAGGGUAAUAUUAAUAAAUAAUCUAAUUAGUUAUGAUGGAACUACAAAAUAAAUGUUAUCUUGUUGUGAAAAGUAUAGUUUGGCUACAGAUGAAUGGAAAAUGAUUGAUCCACUUUAAAAAUAAAAAUGUGCUUUUGCUGCUGCUACUGCUUUAAAUAAAUAUAUUUAUGUAUUUGGUGGAUUUGAUGGGAGAGAAAGAUAAAAUACUAUUGAAAGAUAUUCUGUUAAAGAUAAUUAAUGGAAAAUAUUAGAUAUCAAAUUUAAAUAAGGAUUUAGUAAUGCAGCAGCGCUUUCUUAUGAUGAUAAUUCGAUUCUCAUUUUAGGAGGAGGGUAUAUAUACAUUUUAUUUUAAUUCUUAGUUCUAAUUAAGGCUUUUCUAAUUAAUUAUAAAUAUUUGAUACAAAUAAUUAAACUAUUAAAGUUAUUGGUAUGAUGAAUGAAGGUAGAGAUUUAAGAAAUAAAUUAAUUAUUUAUAAUAAUAAUUUAUAUGCAUGUGGAGGUAAUAGUUAUUCUAUUGAAAAGUUUUAAAUCACUUAAUAAGUUUGGGCUAAUCUUAAGUAUUUAUUUAUCAAUAUUUUAUUUAUUAGAAGUUAUGAUUAUUUAGUUUAAGAUAACUUAGAUUCUUGGUGUAGUGCUUUUACAUUUGAUGCUUACAAUCCAUUAUCUAUCAAUAAUUCAAUUAAAAAUUAUGAUUAAAAAGUAAUAAUAUCAUUUUUUAUAUUUCAUUUUUAGUAAAAAUAAAAUCAAAAACCAUAAUUUUAAGAAUUUGAAAAUGAUUCAUUUAAUCAAGAUGCAUUUAGUGAUGUAUCAGAUAAUCAAUUUGAAGGUAUUUUAGAAUGA